CAUUUGGGGGGCUAGUUUUCUAAGCCCUUGUCUUGUCACCGAGGCCCGCCCCUGCUGUGUGUUUAACUCAGAACCCAGCUAGCUCGGGCACGCCCAGCCUAAAAUUCCAGGCGCUUGUUGCUGGGUGGUCUCUGCUCGCCAGCUCGGCCCAGAGAUUGCCACCGGCUCUGCGCAUUCUCCCGUUGGGUUUGACGCUUUCUCCCCAGCUUGAAGAGAGCAACACGGUGCGGUGCGGCAGUCCUUGGACGCAGACAAUGGAGGCAGCGCUGGCAGUGACCCGGUUGCCCCCGCACGACCCGAAGACACCAGCACUAUCGGUGGUGGACAUGCACACAGGCGGCGAACCUUUGCGCAUCGUGCACGCCGGGUGUCCGGAGGUGGUUGGGCCCACGUUGCUGGCCAAGCGGCGCUACAUGCGUCAACACCUCGACUACAUAAGGCAACGGCUUGUGUUCGAGCCCCGCGGCCACCGGGACAUGUAUGGGGCCAUCCUGGUGCCCAGUGAGCUGCCCGACGCGCACCUAGGCGUCCUGUUCCUGCACAACGAAGGCUACAGCUCCAUGUGCGGCCACGCGGUGCUGGCGCUGGGCCGCUUCGCGCUCGACUUCGGUCUGGUACCCGCUCCCCAAGAAGGCGCCCGAGAGGCCCGGGUCAACAUCCACUGCCCUUGUGGGCUGGUGACGGCCUUCGUGGAGUGUGAAGGUGGCCGCAGUUGCGGCCCUGUGCGCUUCCACAGCGUCCCAGCCUUUGUCCUGGCUUCAGACCUCACGGUGAAUGUUCCUGGCCAUGGAAAGGUGGUGGUGGACAUUGCAUAUGGUGGGGCAUUUUAUGCAUUCAUUAGUGCAGAAAAAUUAGGACUUGAUGUGUGUUCUGCGAAGACGAGGGACCUUGUGGAUGCAGCGAGCGCUUUGACAGGAGCGGUAAAAGCACAGUUUAAAAUCAACCAUCCUGAGAGUGAAGACCUUGGUUUUCUGUAUGGAACCAUCUUGACAGAUGGAAAAGAUGCUUAUAGUGAGGAGCCCACCACCAACAUCUGCGUGUUUGCAGAUGAACAGGUCGACAGAAGCCCCACGGGCUCGGGAGUGACGGCCAGAGUUGCCCUGCAGUAUCAUAAGGGGCUUCUGCAGCUGAACAAGACCAGAGCCUUCAAAAGCAGCGCAACUGGCUCUGUGUUCACAGGCUGUGCUGUGAGGGAAGCAAAGUGUGGAGAUUUCAAAGCUGUCAUAGUGGAAGUUGCAGGACAAGCCCAUUACACGGGGACAGCAAACCUGACAGUGGAAGAUGGUGACCCACUAAGGGAUGGCUUUCUUCUCAAGUGAUUUUUUUUUCAUACAUUUUAAAGGUUUUCCUUAGAAAGUAAUUACCUUUUGAUGAUGUUUUCUCUGUGUCGUGUGCAAAUCAGUACCCAGCUAUACUUAUAGGCUAAUUUUUAUACUUUCUAAAACAGUACAUUGUAUCUAAAUGUAAAAUAUUAUACUUCCUAUUUGGCAACCUUUUGAGCAUAGAUGUCACUAAUGGGGAAACAGAGUGCUAAGAAUCCAGAAACUUUUUGAUCAUUAGUAUACAUAGUCUAUGCUAUGGGAAUGACAAUACUUGUAAUUUUCUUUGAAUGCUAGCUUCAGCUAUACUAGUAGAUGUUGGGAGUUUGUUAUUUUAAUGUUCUAGUUUGAGUGAAAUAAAGCAAUCUAUAAGCGCCAUGCUCAUUGAGGUGAGCUAUUAUAAUGUUCUCAACACUCGGCAUAAAUAAUCUUGGAAGGGUCAAAAGCAGUCAGCUUCUUUAACAGACAUUGUUAUAGCUGCUGCUGGGGUAUUGGUUUUGCUACAAAGCCCCCAUUAUCUACACCAGCUGGUAUCCAAGUGCCACAAAGUUACCAAGUAAUGCUGCAAAGACCAACUGGUAACCAGAGUUUUGCGGUCUCUUUAGAUGGUGCUAUUUGGUUUGGGGUGGUAGUUUGAUUGUGUUAUCAGGUGAUUGUUUUUCCUUUGGUUCCUUAACUGAUUCUAAGAAUUGAUUCUACAACCUCAAGCUACAUUAUUGAAAUAAUGUGUGUGAAGUAAGGUGUGAAGUAAAAAUUAAUCUAUAAAUCUUGUGAAAUGAAUCUCAUGCCCCCAUCAGCUGACCUUGACUGGUGUGUUGUUGUUAACUGAUAGGGCCCUGAAAGUCUAGAAGAUUAUAGAUAAAGAAGAUAGAAAAGGUGGGCUCAGGAAAUGUUGCAUAAGCCAUAUCUUAUGCCAAGCAAGUUUAGCUAAGAAGUACGCCGUCUUGUAUGCUAUUUGGGGAUGAGGAGGGGGAAUGGGAUAGAGCCAGCAGAAAGCUAUCAUCCAAUGGGACAAAGUCAGCAGGAAGCUAGCCAAGCAGUGCUACACAAAAGAAGCACAAGAUACCCCAGGGCAUCACAAUCCAAGCACACAGAGUCCCUGGGACUGAUAACUCUAGUUUCUUCAGUGGGGAAAGCCAAGUUUCCAGGAUCGGAAACCUUUAAUUCUUUCUAGGCCCUGGCCCCCUUCCCAGACUGGACUUGGCCAAGUUUGUCCCUGAGCAGGAACAUUAACUAGGUUCCUAUUGUCUUUUCAUGGAGGCCUCUGGGAAAGCCUUGGAUCAGCCUGGUUCUCAACAAUCACCUACUUGGUAGAUUUUGAACAUGAAGAAAUCUCAUUACUGGCAUUCAUGGCAGUUAAUACUUACCUUUGAGCCUAUUUAAAAACAAACAAACACAGAGAGAGAGAGAGAGAGAGAGAGAGA